AUGAAUCUUACAGAUGAUUCUGCUGUAUCCUUCUUUGUUAUUAAAGGGAUUUCUGAUGCCCCUGAGCUGCAGGUUCCUAUCUUCCUCCUAGUCCUCUUCAUGUAUCUCCUCACUCUGGGGGGUAACAUGACCAUUCUCCUGCUUGUGUGUUCAGACCCUCAGCUACAUACUCCCAUGUACUUCUUCCUGUGUAACCUGUCCAUCAUGGACAUUCUGUCCAGCACCGUCACGUUACAUAAAAUCCUUGCUGUGUUCAUCACGGGAGAUAACACUGUUCCUUUUCUUGCCUGCAUGAUGCAGAUGUUUAUUUUCACCUCUUUAGUAUGCAACGAACUCUUAAUUCUUGCGGCCAUGAGUUACGACCGCUACGUAGCCAUCUGUAACCCUCUGCGAUACUCAACUGUCAUGAGCCAGCGGGUUUGUGCCCUAUUGUCCUUUUUCUGCUGGCUUUUGGGAUUUCUAGAAUCCAUACCCCAUGUUGUUGUUCUAUCACAAUCCUUUUGUUACCGAUCCAAGGAAAUUAAUCACUUCUUCUGUGAUAUUUUGCCUCUCGUAAAACUCUCUUGCAGCGACUCUUCUCUUUCAGGUCUUUUAAUGUUCACCUGUGGACUUUUCUUGUCAAUCUUUCCCUUUCUUUCCACCCUGAUCCCUUAUGUUUUCAUUAUCAACGCCGUCAUGAAAAUCCGUUCUACUACUGGGAAAUACAAAGCCUUCUACACUUGCUCGUCGCACCUUUUUGUUGUCAUCCUUCUGUAUCUGACCCUUGUUUGCCAAUACCUGAGGCCAGUUUCACAGGACAACCUGGAUUCCAAUAAGUUUUUCUCUCUCUUUAACACGGCGGCUGUCCCCAUGCUAAACCCGCUCAUCUACAGCUUGAAAAAUAAAGAUGUGAAGUCUGCCCUGAGGCAGAGGUGGUGUAGAACGAAGACAUAAAAUUUACACCGGGACCAUUUCGCAUUGGCUCUUCUAUCACAGAAUCCAUUUUUCUACAGA